UUUUUUUCUUUUUUUCCACUUGAGGAAGAUGACUUUUACAAGGCCUGGCAUCAUACUUUUAUGCAAUCUGUCUUAUUUAUAAACAGCUAAGAAAAUACCGCCUUUUCCAGCUACUGCUUUGAAUCAUGAUAAGCCUAAUCUGAAGAUCCUCUUUUUAUUUCUUGAUCUAUUUUGCUACUGGACCAUCUAGGAAAGGAUGAUCGAACAAGGGGCGGGCUUCACGGUCCUGGUUUUUGUAUCGCUCACCCUCCUGUUUUCAAUCAUUAACACACACAAAUCAGGAGCACAUCUCAUGCUUGGCUUUAUUAUCACAGGAUUCGCAUUGUGUCUGGGACAUUUGCUUAGGGCAUGGAGAAAUGGCGAUCUAGAUCCAAAGUUCAAGUACUUUAUCCUUGCUCAGACUGUCCUCCUCACACUGCUGUGUAUCAUUGCAAACAUUUACUUUUGGCAGUAGACUUUUUCAAAAAUAAAAUGGA